UUUUCUAUUUCGUGCGUGACGGUCGCGAGACUGUGCCGCUGCUCUGUGGUUUGUGUGUUUUAAAUAAAAUAAAUCAUAUGUGUGUAUAUAUUUGAGAAUUUUAAAACGCAAGAAACUUAAUUGACGCAGAGUGGCAUAAGAUUGGGCGCGACGUAAUUAAAUGCAAUAACAACAACAACAGCAUCAAAAUUCAACGCGUCGCGCAACAGAAGCGAAACAACACAAAAGAGAAAUAGUACAAAGAAAUUUGUCUUCCUGCUUUUGGCCGCCGCCGCCGCCGAAGAAGAGUGCGCAAAAAAAGGAAAAAUGCAACAAAAUACGGAAGCAGAGCAAUAAAAACGCACAGGCAGUGAAAAUUCUCUAUUGAAGCAACGGCAGAAAAUUUACAAAAAAAAAGAAGAAAAAUCAACUUUUUUUGGCUGUUGCUUUUCCAAAAAAAAAAUAAGUUUCUAGGGGGAGCGUUGAAAUUUAUAAUUUAUGCAAAACUGUGUGCGAAGACAGCAAACCACAACAACAACAAUAAAAGGAACAACAACACACUCAGAAAAUGGAUCACAAAUUCAUCGUAUUUAAUGCUGCACGCGAUAACAACCUGCCACAAUUGAAGGCCGCGCUGUAUAACAAAAGUGCCCCAGAGAUGGCGACACUCAUAUCCUCAAAGGUGAAUGGAGCCACACCGCUGGUGAUCGCUUGCCGCAAUGGACACUACGAUAUUGUGGAAUAUUUAUUGACAAAGUGCCGUGCGAAUGUGGAACAGGUUGGCUCAAUAAGCUUCGACGGCGAACCCAUUGAGGAUGCGCCCCCUCUGUGGUGUGCCGCAGCCGCAGGACAUCUGGGCAUUGUGAAGAUGCUCGUGCGUCGCUCCGCCAAUGUGAAUAGCACAACGCGCACGAACUCGACACCGCUGCGUGCCGCCUGCUUCGAUGGCCACUAUGAGAUAGUCAAGUAUUUGGUGCAUCAUGGCGCGGACUUUGAGGUGGCCAAUCGACAUGGACACACCUGCCUGAUGAUUGCCUGCUACAAGGGACACUAUCGAAUUGCCCAAUAUCUGCUCUCGUUGAAUGCCGACGUCAAUCGGUGCAGCAUCAAGGGCAACACAGCGUUGCACGAUUCCGCGGAAUCGGGUUCGCUGCAAAUAUUGCAAUUGCUGUUGAAACAUGGCGCCACCAUGGAUGUGGACUAUUAUGGCAUGACGCCGUUGUUGGCAGCAAGUGUCACGGGACAUAUGCCCAUCGUGGAGCAUCUGAUAACGUUGCCGUGCGUGAGUCGAGUGGCUCGAAUCGAUGCCCUCGAGCUGCUGGGCGCAACAUAUGUGGAUAAGAAACGUGAUAUGGCCGUGGCAUUGACGCUGUGGCGACGUGCGCUCGAGGAGCGUGCACAGACACCGAGAAUCUAUAAGAAACUGCAGGAGCCGGUGCCGGCCUAUGAGCUGGUCACCGAGGUGACAACCAUUGAGGAGUUGGAAGAGCUAGUACUCGAUCCGGAUGAGAUGCGCAUGCAGGCGCUUGUCAUCAGACAGCGCAUUUUAGGACCAACGCAUCCGGACACCAGCUACUACAUUCGUUUCCGGGGUGCCCAUUAUGCUGACGCUGGCCGUUUUGAUCGCUGCAUCGAGCUCUGGUCAUAUGCCUUGACUAUGCAACAGAAAAUAUUGCAGCCACUUAGCCCCAUGACACAAUCCUCAUUGCUCUCGUUUGCCGAGCUCUUCAGUUUCAUGCUGGUCGAGGCGGGUCGCCUGCUGCCGCGUGGCCGCAUUGUGCCACCCAUUGAGGCGGACGGCAUGCUGACCAUCUUUCACAAGGCCGUGCUGGAGGUGGAGCGCGGUCAGGCCUUUACGCUGCAACAUCAGCAGCUGGAGUCCAUGUCCAAUGCCGGCAGUAAACCGCUUAUGCAAUCACCCUCAUCCUCAUCGAACUCCUCCAGCUCUAGCUCCAGCUCCUCCGCAUCAUCAUCUUCAUCAUCAUCAUCGUCGUCGUCGACAACGCUGUUGUCGGUGCAUCAGCAUGAUUGCAAUCAUGAUCCCAAUGCGUUGAGUCGCACAUUGGUUAGUGCUUUGCAUAUUGGCUGCCUGCUCAGUUCGCUGCUCGACUCCGAGUCCUUCUGUCCGGACAUGCGGCGUCAGGUGAUGGACGCACUGUUCCGCCUCAAUCGUCUCAAGGUGCACGUACGCUCCGGCCGCACAGCUCUGCACUAUGCCUGCUAUCGUGAGGGCACUUUGGUUGGUCGCUAUCCUUCAUGUCAGUUCCCAUCGGCAUCGUUGGCCAAGGCGCUGCUCGAGGUGGGCGCCGAUCCCAAUGAGGUGGACGAUGCGGGCAAUACACCGCUGCAUCUGGCUGCCACCUUGGAUCCCUAUGUGGAGCCUUUGGCGCACACGCUGCUCGAAAAUGGAGCGCAUCUGGAUACGAAAAACGAUGCUGGCGAAACGUUCGAAUCGCUGUUGGCGCCGACGCUGCUGCACAAAAUCAUCGAUCCCAUGAAGUACACAUCGCUGGCUUGUCUGGCGGCGCGCACCAUUAAAAAGCAUGGCAUCAAGUAUGAGGAGACUGUGCCGGCGGCACUCUAUGAGUUCAUUGAGUUGCACUAAUCGUGUGUGCUGUUUGCUGCCUUCUGAGAAUCGAUGCGAGCGAUGCGAGCGCUAGAUAAAGAUAGAGAUGAGGACGAAGAACGGAGGACACAGAGAAAGGGAUCAGAUCAGACGACAAGACAGACAGGAAACAGUUUGUGUGUGUAUUGACUCUCUCCCGCCACGCCACGCCACGCCACGCCUCUCUCUCACUCACAAACACUCAAUGACACUCACUGAAAACUCACUCAGAAAACGAAACGACAACACACUCACCCGCCCGCCAUCGAAGCCAUGGAUAGCCACGUGGAUUAGACAUAAUAAUGAUAAUAUAAUACCUACUAUACAACUACAAUUAUAAACUACAACUACUAUUACUUAUAAACAACAUUAACAACAACAACAAAAUAUGUAGGAGCUAGAGCUAGAGCAGCUGAUGGAAGAUGGAAGAUGAGAGGAGAGCGUUACUAAGGACUAGGAACUGAUUUGUGAUGUUUGCAAGCGAAGUGCCCAAUCCUGGUGCAGUCCAAUUUUGGCAUUUUUUUGUUGGGCGUUAUCAGGAUUGAUAUCUGAAGAUCUGACCGAUCGAUCAACACAAUCAUGAUGGAUCGAUCAAUGACCCUCGACGGUGUCAAUGCAAUCGACAACGACGAAACUCUACUAACAACAAAAAGAAAACAACAACAUUUAACGACGACGACAACAACAACAACAAGAUGAACGACAACAACAAUUUGAAUAAUGCUGUUAACUAUUUUGCUUGCAAAAUGUGUUUUAUUGUGUUCUUGCUACUCUUUUUGUUUUUGUAUGUAUAAAUUAUGACUUUAAUAUUAUGUAUACGCCAUGUAUGGCGCUUGUCGGUCAGCUGAAAAACAAUUGCGUACGCCUUCUUUUUUAAGGGGCGCCUGCAUUAAAGUCCUCAUUAGCUGCACCGACCACGCCCCACGCGGCCCCUUGUUAUGCGUAUUUUAGUGUGUACUACAAACAAAACAAAUACAAAAACAAAAAUAAUGAAAACCAAGAAAAACCCCUCCUAACUGAUCCGUUUUGCCAGAGCAAUUAAAAGCGCGAACAGAGUUUGGAAUAAAAAC